AAGAAGACAAGUGAAAAUAAGUAAUCGAUUGCAAUCAUGGUUGAGAUCGAUGAUCAGCGCACAAAUCAUGAACAUGAACGUGAUAAGGAUGCGCAGGAUAGUCAUGAGACCAUUGAUCGGGAUAACGAUGUUGAGUCGCGUCUUCUCGACAACGGCAAUGUGAAGUCCAGUGAAAAGUCAAAUGGUGCGAAAAAUAAUGAAAAAUCACAUCAUGAUCAAUCAAUGACAGAUGAAAUCAAUCAAAUAUUAAGGGAUAUGCCGUUAACGGAUGAUAUGACGUGCGGAUUUUGGAUAUUCAAGGGACGUUUCUUUCAAAGAUUCGCGAAUCAAACAGCCUAUGUCCUACUCUACGGCAUGGUAGGUUGUGUGUUCUCAAUGACCUACGCCUACUUCAAUGGCACGAUCACAACUAUAGAGAAGCGAUUCAAAAUACCAUCGAAGAAUACCGGCAUUAUAUCAGUGGGCAAUGAUAUCAGUCAAAUGAUGGUCUCAGCGGUAUUGAGUUACUAUGCGGGUAAAGGACAUCGACCGCGUUGGAUUGGUUUUGGUCUAUUAACAAUUGUGAUUUUCUGCUUAAUGACGGUAUUGCCACAUCUUCUGUAUGGGCCUGGUGAUGAUGCAUUGGCGUUAACAGCUGAAUUUGGCGCACAACCCGAUGAAAAUGCUACUAUGGAGGCAAUCGAAAAGCAAGGUUCGAAAACGUUGUGCCGACUAAAUGGAGGUGGUGCGGAGUGUGAGGUGGGCGAAGGCAAUUUGGCGCCGCAACUGGUGCUAUUCGUGGCACAAUUUAUCUCGGGCAUUGGCGGUUCGCUAUACUACACGCUGGGCGUUUCGUAUAUGGAUGAUAAUACGAAAAAGUCUCGAACACCGGCAUUGCUAAGUUUAUCCUACUUUUUACGCAUGCUGGGUCCAGCAUUCGGUUAUGCGCUCGCUUCCUUCUGCCUGCGCGUUUAUAUAGCACCAAAUUUGCAUCCAGUCAUCAAUAAUCAGGAUCCACGCUGGUUGGGUGCUUGGUGGAUAGGUUGGUUGGUGAUCGGCGGUAUGAUCUUCUUCUCGGGCAUCUUCCUUACGAUGUUCCCGAAAGUUUUGCCACGCGCUGCAGCAAGGCGCAUGGUCGAAGAGGAGCGCCGUAAGCGUAUUUCGUUGAAAGAGCGACAAGAGAAUGGCAACAAGGAACCGACAGAGAAAGAUCGGUUAGCCGCUGAGAUGGAGGAGAAGCCAAAAGAGGAGACCAAAGCUUCAUUCAAGGAUAUGUUGGCAACAUUCAAGCGACUCACCACGAAUAAAACGUUAAUGUGCAAUAAUUUCUCCUCGGUUUUCUAUCUCUUCGGCUAUACGCCGUAUUGGAUAUUCACGCCCAAAUACAUCGAAAUACAAUACCGACAAUCAGCAGCGACUUCUAGCAUGGUCACCGGUACUGUCGCCUUGGCCUUUUCUGCCGCCGGUGUAUUACUCUCAGGCUUUGUGAUAUCGCGCUAUAAGCCACGCGCUCGCUACAUGGCUGCUUGGAAUGUUAUAGUUGGUUUCCUGGCCGUGGGUGGCAUCUUGGCAUAUGCGUUUAUCGGUUGUCCGGGCAAUGAGCAAUCGGUAAUUGUCAACAUACAUGACAGUAGUGCCGUAAACAGCACACCCACCUGCAACUCGGAUUGCCACUGCGAUUAUGUGCGCUACUCACCGGUUUGCGGCGAAAACAAUAUGACUUACAUCUCCCCUUGCCAUGCAGGCUGCAAGAAGCAACACAAAACUGCAAGUGGGCGCAAGAUUUACUUUGACUGCUCUUGCAUACCUAACAACAGCUUUAAUCAGAGUUCGAAACCCCUAUUUAAACGUCUCACUGUGAUGGAUCUGACAUCGGAGAAUUAUGAUGGCGAUGACGUUAAUGCAAGUACCACAAUAAUGUCAGAGUUGCCAACCACAACAUUGGGUACAACUUUACCAACCUCACUGAGCACGGCGUAUCCAGAUGCGCUGCUCGGUGGUCAGGCGAUAACCGGCGCCUGCCCGGUAAAUUGUUUUGCCCAGUUCGUCACUUUCUUGUCGGUGAUGUGUUGCCUUAAGUUUGUCGGCGCUACGGGACGCGCCUCGAAUUUCUUGGUAUCCGUACGUUGCGUACCCGAAAAGGAUAAAACGGCUGCAAUGGGUUUCGGUAUGAUGAUGAUGUCUAUGCUAGCAUUUAUACCAAGUCCAAUUUUCUUCGGCUGGGUGCUGGAUCGCCUUUGCCUCGUGUGGGGUAAAACGUGCACCAAUAAAGGAAAUUGUUGGCUUUACGAUCCGGAAUCACUGAGAUAUACACUCAAUAUAACCGCCUCAGUAUUUGUCGCUAUUGGUGCCUUAUUCGAUUGGGGUGUCUGGUAUUACGUGAAAGAUCUAAAAAUCUUCGAUGAGGAGGUGAAAGAGGUUGAAAUGAAAAUUGUGCAGCAUGAAGAGGAAGUGAGUUCCAUUAAGGAUUUGGAAGCAUAAGAGUUGAAAAUCUUAAAAAUAAAAAAAAAUAGUAAAUGACUAUAGUUUUUCGUGUGCUUUACCUUAAAUAUGCGAGGUUGUACUCGUAUGCGUGUGUUUUAGUGUGUAUGAUUUGUGUAUUUUAGGGUCUGCACAUGCAAGUUUCCAGUAAAUUCAAAUAUGUGUAAAUACAUACAUACAUACAUAUGUACAUAAGCUAAUGUUUAUUGUAAAAAUAUACAGUUAUUGGUUUGCUAAAAUAGUUUAAUAGUUCAUUUGUAAAUACAAGCAAUUGAUUCUACGCUAAUUUACCAAAGCCUUAGCCAACCUUUUUACAUGCAUAUGACGGCUCAGUUUAUACAUACAUAUGUACAUAUAAACUUAUUAUAUGUGAACAAAUUUGUUGUGCUUUAUUAUCAUUUUUUGAUAGAAAACGAAGAUCCAUAAUUUAAUAUUUGUAUAUAGCGGAUUAAGAACAAAGUAUUAUUAGCUAAGUUUUGAGUAUUCACACAUCGACUAAUAUAAAGUUUAAUUAUUGUACAUACAUGCAUACAAAAAAAAUGUGGAACAUUCAGAAUAAAGUAAGGUU